CAAUGGGGAACCUUGGAAUGGAGUGGGGGGUGCGCGGUGCGGGGCGCGUGAUUGGGUCAAAAGGUUAUGUUAGUUACUCUUAUAGGACAAGAGUGUUUAACUAUAUAGUUAACUUAAGUUACCGCUUCUUUCUGCCCUGCUUUUUCAUUCGCAUUUCGGGACACGUUUCUACUGAUGACUACAAUAGUAAACUGAUAUCAGCACACCACACACAUACAGUGAUUCUGCUAUCUACCCCACCACCCAGUGCAGGGUUUCUCAAUUGCUGAUAUCUAGCUUGCUCUCUGUGGCUGGUUCGUUUUCUAUAACUAAUUCACCUACAGGGAUAGCGUGCGUGUUGCUAGACGGCCGGCGACGGCAACUAGAGUAAUCUGUGAAGAUCUUCUAGAGCACACAGAAAUAGAGAGAACAAUCGGCAAGCCAAGGGGGCAGGGCUUGAUUAAAUAAUCACUUGAUUGACAUUGAUUGAUUGAUUGAUUCCAAGCUUUGCUGACGAGAUGCAGCUAAUUCCCAGAGAGCUCGACAAGCUCACCAUCUCCCAGGUUGGCUUUCUUGCUCAGCGGCGUCUGGCUCGUGGAGUUAGGCUGAAUCAUGCGGAGGCAACGGCAUUGAUCGCAUCUAACAUACAAGAGCUUAUCCGUGAUGGGAACCACACAGUGGCCGAUCUAAUGGCCAUUGGCAAGAUGAUGCUGGGACGCCGUCAUGUUCUUCCAUCUGUGACCUCCACCCUUCAUGAGAUCUUUGUUGAGGGUACUUUCCCCACUGGCACGUAUCUCGUAACCAUCCACGAACCCAUUAGCACCGAAGACGGUGAUUUGGAAAAGGCCUUGUACGGCAGUUUCUUGCCAGUACCUUCAAAGGAUAUCUUCCCAGACCCCCACCCAGAAGAUUAUCACCCCCUGAAAAUGCCAGGGGCAGUUAUUCCAGUGAAGGAAUCCAGAAUUGUACUAAAUGAGGGGCGUAAAAGACUGUCUCUUAAAGUAACUAGUAAGGGGGAUAGACCCAUUCAAGUUGGCUCUCAUUACCAUUUCAUCGAGGUCAACCCUUAUCUGGAUUUUGAUCGGCUCAAAUCAUAUGGCUACCGCCUUGAUAUCCCCGCAGGGACAGCGAUCCGGUUCGAGCCGGGAGACACGAAAACGGUUACUCUCGUUGAGAUUGGGGGAAACAAGGAAAUUCGGGGUGGUAGUUUCCUGGCUAAUGGUAAAGUAGACAUCACCAAGGCAGACGAAAUUAUUGAACGGCUUCAAAAAGCGGGAUUCGCACAUACCCCUGAGCCAGCGGGCGAUAUGGCACAUAUAAACGCGCAUUCCAUGGAUAGAGAAUCGUACCUGCGCAUGUUCGGUGCCACCACCGGUGAUCUUAUCAGAUUAGGCUCAACCGACCUAUGGGUAAAGGUCGAGAGGGACCUAACUUCGUUUGGGGAUGAGUGUACAUUUGGAGGAGGCAAGACAUUGAGAGAAGGCAUGGGCCAAGCUUCCGGAAGAUGCUCGGAUGAGGCGUUGGACACCGUUAUUACGAACGCACUGAUUAUCGAUUGGAGCGGGAUCUAUGUUGCCGAUAUUGGCAUCAAGGAGGGGAAUAUUGUGGGUAUCGGAAAAGCUGGGAACCCGGACAUUAUGGAUGGUGUCCAUCCGAAGAUGAUUGUUGGAGCCGGUACCGAUGUAAUUUCUGGAGAAAGGAAAAUAGUUACCGCUGGUGGCGUGGAUACUCAUAUUCAUUUUAUCACCCCUGACCAGGUGGAUGAGGCUCUGGCCUCAGGUAUCACCACGAUGUUGGGCGGAGGCACAGGCCCCAGUACUGGAACAAAUGCAACGACAUGUACGCCAGGGCCAAAUCAUAUGAAGAAUAUGAUCCAGGCCUGCGACGACUUCCCAAUGAAUUUUGGGAUCACUGGUAAAGGGAAUGAUAGUCAGCCCCAAAGUCUGAGAGAGCAGAUUCGUGCUGGAGCAGCAGGUCUGAAACUUCAUGAAGAUUGGGGCUGCACUCCCGCAGCAAUCGAUACGUGCCUUUCAGUUUGCGAUGAGUAUGACGUGCAAUGCCUCAUCCACACCGACACACUUAACGAAUCUGGCUUCGUUGAACAAUCAAUCCAAGCAUUCAAGGAUCGCGUUAUCCACACCUACCAUACCGAGGGAGCAGGAGGUGGUCAUGCGCCGGAUAUCAUCUCAGUCGUCAAGCACCCCAACGUCCUACCAAGCAGCACCAACCCCACGCGCCCAUUCACUUUAAAUACUCUCGACGAGCACCUCGACAUGGUCAUGGUGUGCCAUCAUCUUUCCAAAAACAUUCGCGAGGACGUCGCAUUCGCCGAGAGCCGUAUUCGCGCCGAGACAAUUGCUGCGGAAGACGUGCUGCAUGACCUAGGCGCCAUCAGCAUGAUGUCCUCGGAUUCCCAGGCUAUGGGUCGCUGCGGCGAGGUGGUCCUUCGAACGUGGAACACGGCACACAAGAACAAACUGCAGCGUGGUACCUUAAAAGAAGACGAAGGAACAGGCGCGGAUAAUUUUAGAGUAAAGAGAUAUAUCAGCAAGUACACAAUUAACCCGGCAAUCGCGCAGGGAAUGUCCCACCUCAUUGGCAGUGUUGAGGUGGGAAAAGUUGCGGAUCUUGUUAUGUGGAAGUUUGCGAAUUUCGGGACGAAACCCAGUAUGGUGAUAAAGUCUGGUAUGAUUGCUAUGGCGAUGGUGGGUGACUCGAACGGAUCGAUAUCAACGAUUGAACCCAUGGUGAUGAGCAGGAUGUAUGCGAGCCGUGUCCCUAGAACCUCCAUAAUGUUCGUCUCCCAAGCAUCACAAAACCUAGGCAUAAUUGAUUCGUACGGGAUCAAGAAGCGCGUAGAAGCAGUACGGAACUGUCGAAAUAUAAGCAAGAAGGAUAUGAAAUUCAACGAUGUGAUGCCGAAAAUGAGAGUUGAUCCAGAGAGCUAUGUUGUCGAAGCGGAUGGGAUGAUUUGUGAGGCCGAGCCGUCUGCACGGCUACCAUUAACGCAGGAAUAUUUUGUUUUUUAGGUGCCUCUAUCUUUCUUUUUCCUUUUUUUAAUAUAUAUAUAAAAAUGUUUUGCUCAUAAAUCCCCCCCGCAUCAUCCCCUAGAUAUAUCCAUUGGAAUUUGUGCGGGUGGUUGGAGCGCGCACAUGGGAAGGUAAAAGUACGUUCUAUACCUCUGUGCUUAAGGCUUGCUAGCACAUAUUUUUUUAUCUACUUGAUGUAUGAUUAGCUGAAAUUAAAAAGUUGGGAAAUAAGAAAUGAUAUGAAGGUAUUGUGUCUUUCUAGAUUCUAGAGUACUUCCAGCAUAGCUAAUCUUUGAAACCGAGAGUGCUCCUUUUCCGUUUGAAGAAAAUUUACUAUUGAGGAAUGCAUGAUAUCUACUCCAGACACCUUAGAGGAGAGGUGGCCUGUUCCUUGGGUACGCUAUUAUUCAGAGUAGUGGAGAGGUGUCGCCAGGUAGUCAACAGUCAACGGAGGAAACGAAGCGAAAGAGAGAAUAAUAGCAAGGCGUUUAUCAUUCUCCGACACAGACCAGCGAAUAUACCACUUUCCCAUCACACAGAUAGACUGAAGAUAUGAAUGAAGAUCACCCAAAUAAAUCCUGCCACCGUAAUUCCACGAAAUAAAAAUUAAAAUCACGCCGCU